AUGGACCCGCGGCUUCCACCUCCUGAUCCACGAUUAAGAACGCUGCGUCAUGGCCAGYACGACAACCCACCGGCGAGCGAAUCCUCUACACCUCGCACACGCCGCACACGACUUCAUCAAGCAUUAAGGGCGACGGAGGACAUGGCUGCCAAUGAUCUCGCCGAGAUGGGGGCCUCUACCCAUCCAUCGCGCCGUGCUCAGCUUGGUCCACUCCAGCGUCGUCGACAACGAUCUCCCGUCAACGGCUCUCCCGCCACAGACCCAAGAGAUGUAGGAAGCGAGGAUAUCAGAAGACGACGGCCAAAGCGUAGAAAGCUGGACUCCGAAUCGACUCUUACUCCCAAGGAGCCCAUCAAAUACGGACGUUACGGACAAGUCGAGCCAGGGAGGUURGCACUCGACAUUAUCAGCUGUGAUGGUGGCGAGCACUGGGAUCCCAAACACCCGAGUACCUAUUUGGGUCCCGAGAAUUUGCUCAGACACGAUAAGAGCGUCUACUGCUCGGAUAGGCCAAGUAGUAGCAUCUUGCYGAGACAUUCGGACGACACUCCUUUCUGUAUGGAGAAGCUGCACAUUGUAGGACCAGAGCACGGUUUUACUGCACCCGUUCGUGAGGGAAUCGUGUACGUUGCAAUGACGCUUGAUGACUUGAAGAAAUACAUAGACCCGCCGCAGCAUGCCAGGGUGCGUGGUGUCCAUACUCCGCCGUACCGCCGACAACGCAGUAUUAGACACUCAGACGAACGUAUAACACUAUCCGAAGCCCUGAGGGACCCCGAGGUCAACGAGGGUGUAGAGGAACGGCAACGAGAACAUUACACUCGCAUGGGCCUCCGUGCCAUUGCGUCGUAUGGUACCGCAGAUGAUGAUUACUACAGGCAAGACAUGGACGCAGAGUCUCAUUGCGAAUUGCCAUCUGCCGCUGAAGCCGAAAACAUACUUGUACCUGCCGAUGACGGUAGUGUUCCAGUCACUGUUUUGAGUGACGACGAGCCUGAUCCAGAAGAGAGCUCGUCUCAAGAAGUCCUUGAUUUUCGCCAGCAAAGACUGAGGGCCAUGAGCAUGCGUCGCAGAUUCGAUUCUGAUAAUCGAGACGAUGAAGCGAGGUGGAAUCGACCCAACACCGUGCUCGUAGACGGCGAAGCCGCAGAGCGUGACUCUUCAUGGAAUCUCCGACAUCUGGAUUCCAUGAUGGCCCGAUCUCGCAUGGACGACUCCCCUCGGCGUAACGAGGCUUCGGACGAUCGCACAUACACAUAUGAAAGAAGAGACCCUAGAAUACGAUUCCGGGAACAGAGAAAUCUGCAAGAUGAGUCUGGAGACGCACCCCCCGAACCUCCCUUGGACGGAUCAGAGCGGUAUGAUGACGGUCUGAAUGAUCCAAACGUCACGCGGGCCCGCUUUCACAUUCGUAACGGGAAGUACAAGGUCGCCAUCGGAUUUGAGCCACCUAUCUCAGGCAGAUUCGUGCUGUUGAAAGUAUGGGCGAACCGUAGCAAUGUGGAUCUGCAGUCUGUCAUAGCGAAAGGCUACGGAGGCUGUCGCUUCUUCGGGGCGGUGGAGUUGAGGUAG